GCAAAAGGAUGGCGGGAAAUAUUGCUUCUCUCACACGCUUCCUUCCCAGCCCGCGAUUUUCCUUCGUACGCGCCACCGACCUCGUCUUCUUCACUUCAAAGUUCAAACCACUCCAACAGAGGCCCUAGCGCAUUAUAGCAUAAGGGCUUCCAACUCCAUUAUUCUUAACCUCUUCUCGGACCUAGGGUUUCAUGGUUCUCCUGUGACUCCGCGCUCCAAUAUAUACUGGUGGAAUUAGGGUUAGGGUUUCAUCGGAUAUGGGCAAGAAGGUCACGGAUGAACUGUUAUCGACCGUCCGUUCCGUAAUUGGCCUGAACUACUCCGAUAUGGACAUCAUCCGUGCGCUUCACAUGGCCAACAACGAUGUCACCGCCGCGAUCAACAUCAUCUUCGAUACUCCAAAUUUCGGAACUAAAAUGGGAAAAAACACGGAAACUUUUCGCCGCAAUUCGAGCUCCGUGAGUGCAAUUGUCGUCUCAGAUUCGUAUCGAAACGAGGAUGAGACGAAGAAGUGUUCUUUAGGCAAUGGAACUGUCGUCUCAGAUUCGAAUCGAAAUAAUGAGGCAAAGAAGUGUUCUUUAGGGUCUAAUGAAAAUGAUACUCCAACUCCUAGCAAUUUGGUUGAUAAUAGUUUUGAAGCUUCGAGUCGGUGCUCGGGUUCCAUUGGGAGUGAGUGGUGGUUUUUGAAUUGCAGUGAACUCGCGGGAUUGUCAACUUGUAAAGGGAGGAGGAUGAAAUCUGGGGAUGAAGUGUUUUUCACAUUUCCAUUGAAGAAGAGCCCAAAUUCUCCUUCUCCAGGGAAGCUUACUGGACGAGGACGACAGAUGGGGGCUUGCUCGGAGAUUGUGAGGUUCUCCACGAAAGAGUCCGGGGAGGUAGGUCGCAUCCCAAAUGAGUGGGCUCGGUGCCUUUUGCCGCUUGUGAGGGAUAAGAAGGUUAAGAUUGAGGGGUUUUGUAAAGCUGCUCCUGAUGUGUUGGGCAUCAUGGACACUAUUCUUUUAUCAAUCAGUGUAUAUAUCAAUAGUUCCAUGUUCCGAAAGUGCCAGCAGACCUCCCUUAGAGCAGCCAGCAAUUCUUCUGAGGAGUCAGUUGUUCAUGCUCUCCCAACCUUGUUUAGGUUGCUGGGAUUAACCCCUUUUAAAAAGGCAGAAUUCAGUCCUGAUGAUCUGUAUACGAGGAAGCGGCCUUUAGAAUCAAAGGACAAUUCUGGUAUUCCUGGCUUACUGUCACAUGUCAAGUUUAAGAAUCCAUCUCCAAAUGGCAAUGAAGUUGAAAAUGAGGAGUCCAUUUCAGACACUGAUCUUGACAAUAUUGUUGGCAUCGGAGACAACUCUUAUCUUGAGGAAAGGGAUCCCCCUAGCACCCUUCAGUGUGAACUUCGCCCCUAUCAGAGGCAGGCUCUUCACUGGAUGAUCCAGCUGGAGAAGGGACCAUGCAUGGAUGAGGCAGGAACAACCCUUCAUCCCUGUUGGGACGCGUAUCGUCUUGCAGACAAGAGGGAGCUUGUCAUCUAUUUGAAUGCAUUUACAGGUGAUGCCACAACAGAAUUUCCAAGCACCCUUAAAAUGGCCAGAGGAGGAAUUCUGGCAGAUGCAAUGGGGCUUGGGAAGACAAUUAUGACCAUAGCUCUCCUUCUUGCUCAUUCAGAAAAAGGUCUACUAGCCAGUAGUCAAUCUACAAGUCAGCACUAUCAUGAAAGUAGUGAAAUCAGCAGUAUUUCAGAUCAAUCUCCAGAUCUUUCAAAGAAAGCAGCUAAAUUUUCAGGUUUCCAUAAGCUGAAGAAGCAAGAGAAUACCCUUACUAGUGGGGGCAAUCUGAUCAUAUGCCCUAUGACACUUCUAGGCCAGUGGAAGGCAGAGAUUGAAACUCAUGCUCAACCUGGUUCUUUGUCUGUUUAUGUUCAUUAUGGACAAGGUAGAUUGAAGGAUGCAAAAAUUCUAGCCCAAAAUGAUGUUGUAAUCACCACAUAUGGAGUGUUAGCCUCAGAAUUUUCACCUGAGCAUGCUGAAGACAAUGGGGGACUUUACUCAGUUCAUUGGUUUAGAGUAGUGCUUGAUGAGGCGCAUACUAUAAAAUCCUCUAAAAGCCAAAUUUCUAUGGCGGCGGCUGCACUAAUUGCUGAUCGCCGAUGGUGUCUUACUGGUACUCCUAUCCAGAACAACCUGGAGGACAUUUACAGCCUUCUUCGGUUUUUGAGGGUGGAACCUUGGGGAAACUGGGCAUGGUGGAAUAAACUCAUUCAAAAACCAUUUGACGAGGGUGAUGAGAGAGGAUUAAAGUUGGUCCAAUCCAUCUUAAAGCCAAUCAUGUUAAGAAGAACAAAGUUUAGCACUGAUCGAGAAGGCAGGCCAAUUCUAGUUCUCCCUCCAGCUGACAUUCAAGUGAUUUAUUGUGAACUUACUUCAGCUGAAAAAGACUUUUAUGAGGCUCUAUUUAAAAGAUCCAAGGUGAAGUUUGAUCAAUUUGUUGAGCAAGGACGGGUUCUUCAUAAUUAUGCUUCUAUUUUGGAGUUGCUUUUAUGUCUUCGCCAAUGUUGUGAUCAUCCAUUUCUUGUGAUGAGUCGAGGUGAUACACAGGAAUUCUCUGAUCUGAAUAAGCUAGCUAAGCAUUUCCUAAAAGGUGGCCAGAAUGCCCUGGAAGGAGAAACCAAAGAUCUGCCUUCACGUGCUUAUAUUCAAGAGGUUGUGGAGGAGCUGCGUAAGGGGGAGCAAGGAGAAUGCCCUAUAUGUCUUGAAGCAUUUGAAGAUGCAGUGUUGACUCCUUGUGCUCAUCGUUUAUGCCGAGAGUGUCUCUUGGCUAGUUGGCGAAAUCCCACUUCUGGAUUUUGCCCUGUUUGUAGGAAGACCAUCAGUAGGCAAGAUCUUAUUACAGCUCCGACUGGAAGUCGAUUCCAGAUUGAUGUUGAGAAAAAUUGGAUGGAAUCAUCCAAAGUUGCUGCUCUCUUGCUCGAACUAGAAAAUCUCUGCUCUGUGGGCUCCAAAAGUAUUUUAUUUAGCCAGUGGACUGCCUUUCUCGACCUCUUGCAGAUUCCCCUUUCUCGGUGCUGCUGGGAUUGGCUCACCAUUACUAAAAAUGUCUUGCCACCCCUCUUAUCAAAAUUGAUAGAGAAAUGUCCUGAUAGAACUAUUUGUCAGCUUUUUCCUUAUGUGGCAAAGGAAAAUGCUUUAAGAAAACCCAAAAAGGAUUCCACCUAUGUAGACCUGGAGGUAUACAAGCAACACCCAAAUGGAAAGAAAGAGACACAAAAACAAAUCUGCACCAGCAAAACAUGACAGAAAAGAGAAAGCAACAGAAUACAAACAGAAGUCAAUCCCUCCCAGCUUAUCAAUGAAGUCCUAUAAAGCCAAUGCCUCUUUCCUGGAGAAUCCUCUGAUCCAAUGAACAAAGAUCUAAGGGCAAAUUCCAUUUGUCUAAGUUUAAACACCUGCAUCCCUUCACAAGUCCUGCUAUUCUGUUCCUUAUAGAGACACCAUGUUUAGUAUCAUGAGGCUGUCCUCCACACCUUUCUCUUCUGAUGACAAACCUACUAUGCCAUCUUGCUAAAACUCCUUGAACAACCUUGACAUGACCCAAGCCACCUCAAAUUGAAAACAUGCUAAAGACCUACAAAUGCUGAGCCACAGAACAGUUGAUUAAUGAAUGGCUUGUUAGCUCCUAUUCUCUCUUGCAAAAGUAAACAUCAGUUCACAAGUGUCCUUCCCUCUCUUCUGUGCUGACCAAUAGUUUAACAUUCUCCCAUCCAGCAGAGUACGCAGAAAGGGCUCCUUUCGAAGGAGCACAAGGUCCUCACAAAUUUAGAACUGGAAAACUGUCUUGGCCCUAGAAGUUAAAGCCUUGAAAAAGAAUUUAGUUAAUUAACAGAAGAUUGACCAUACUUCAUUGCCUUGCACCACAAACUAUCCCCCCUAUUCCUUGAAAGCUGCAAAUCAACAUGGCAGCCCAUGAAAUAAUCCACCAUCUCCAAUUCCUAGUUAUGAAAUUUUGUAACAAAGCUAUGGUUCCAAUGCUUCUGGCCCUCCUCAAUACUCCAGUACCUUGCUAAAAUUGUAUGGGUUUGUUAAAUCUUUGUGCAAGUUGAUUUUCACCUUAAGGAUCUUCACUUUGGCAAAAUCUGGAUCACAGAAUUUAAAUUCUUAAACGUGGUUUUCUUUUUUUCAUUUUUGUCCUUUGUUCCUUGUUCUGUCAUUCCCUGGAUCAGUGCCUUGGGAGUUCAUAUGUUUGUCAUGGAAAUCCCAGUGACACCAGAUCCUAGGUAUGUGUACUUUCCAUCAAAUGCAACAAUAUGUUGGAGUUCACCAUCUUGGCAAUCUGUUGCAUAUGCCAUUGAUAUCAGUAGUUUUUCAU